UCCCCGCUCCCUGCGGUGUCUUGUGCGUCUCUACGCUCUUUGUGUUGAAUGUGAUCAGACAGCGUAGCGAAACACACAGACCGUUGUCAGGUGCCUGGAACCACACCGACGCCGAUCACAGCACCACCACCGGCUUUUCUACAGCCUUUAACAUACAUAUCAUCACGUUAAAUCUUUAAUCAGUGUCUUCAUUGUGAUGGAGCUUCUGGUGGGCAUGUCUCUGGUGUGAUUGACAGCUUGAGCUAAAAGGAAUGGACUGCAGUGAGGAAAAGAAAGACUAGAGACCGCACCCCCCUGAGCACCAUGAGGCUCAACUCAUCCUGAAUCACACACACACUCCACACACUCAAACGAACUUCCUCACCAUGGGCUCCGUUUACUUGUGGAAGUUGUCCUCCCAAAAGCUGGGAUUCUUUCUUGUGAGUUUCGGCUUCAUUUGGGGGAUGAUGCUGCUUCAUUUCACAAUCCAGCAGCGGGCGACGCACGAAAGCAGUGCACAGCUACGCAUGCAGAUAUUGGAUCUCAGCAAGCGAUAUAUCAAAGCCCUCGCUGAGGAGAACCAGAGCGUGAUGGACGGACCCUACGUAGGCACCAUGACGGCAUACGAUCUGAAGAAGACUCUAGCUGUUCUUCUGGAUAAUAUAAUGCAGAGAUUAUCAAAGCUGGAGUCUAAGGUGGACAAUAUCAUCUACAACGGAACAAGUACUAACCUGACCAAUGGAACCGGGACACCUGGACCGAACCCUGUCAACCCAGAGAAAGUCAAUGUGGCAGACUUGCUGAACGGAGCACAGGAGAAAUGCGAACUACCCUCGCUUGAUGGGUUUCCGCAUUGUGAAGGCAAAUUGAAGUGGAUGAAGGACAUGUGGCGUUCGGACCCCUGUUACGGAAACUAUGGAGUGGAUGGAUCCACCUGUUCGUUCUUUAUUUAUCUGAGUGAGGUUGAAAACUGGUGCCCUCGCCUGCUGUGGAGGAUCAAGAAUAUUGCUGAUGAAAUAGACAGGAAUACACAGACGGAGAUCCGCACGAGUUUCGAGGAGCUGUAUCGUGUGAUGUCACGGCGCGAGGAGUUUCGCUGGAUGAUGCUGCGGAUCAAGCGCAUGGAGGAGCCGUGGGUCAGUGCCGUUCGCUCCCUCGCCUCCAAACAGAACCUCGCCAACCACAAGCGCAAAAAGAUCCUGGUGCACUUGGGUCUCCUGACGAAGGAGUCCGGUUUUAAAAUAGCGGAGAACGCGUUCAGCGGGGGUCCUCUGGGGGAGCUGGUUCAGUGGAGUGACCUCAUCACCACCCUGUACCUGCUCGGACACGACAUCCGCAUCUCAGCGUCUCUCGCCGAGCUUAAGGAGAUCAUGAAGAAGGUUAUGGGCAACAAGUCCAGCUGCCCCACAAAGGGUGAUAAAAUUGUGGAGCUCAUCUACAUAGACAUCGUUGGUCUGGCUCAGUUCAAGAAGACUCUGGGUCCGUCCUGGGUCCAUUACCAGUGCAUGCUGAGGGUCCUGGACUCCUUCGGGACCGAGCCGGAGUUUAACCACGCCCACUACGCCCAGUCGAAAGGUCACAAAACUCCGUGGGGCAAGUGGAACCUGAACCCCCAACAGUUCAACACCAUGUUUCCUCACACUCCAGAUAACAGCUUCCUGGGCUUUGUGGUGGAACAGCACCUGAACGCCAGUGACGUCAAGCACAUCGACGACAUCAAACGACAAAACCAGUCGCUAGUUUAUGGCAAGGUGGACAACUUCUGGAAGGAUAAAAAGAAAUACCUGGACAUCAUUCAUUCAUACAUGGAAGUGCACGGCACAGUCCACGGCACCAGUACGGUCCACCUGCCGGGUUACGUGAAGAACCACGGCAUCCUCAGCGGACGCGACCUCCAAUUCCUCCUGCGCGAGACCAAGCUUUUUGUCGGGCUUUCCUUUCCUUACGAGGGCCCCGCCCCUCUGGAGGCCAUAGCCAAUGGCUGCGCUUUCCUGAACCCAAGGUUCGACCCGUCUAAAAGCAGCAAAAACACUGAUUUCUUCAAGGGCAAACCCACGCUCAGAGAGCUGACCUCCCAGCACCCCUAUGCUGAGGUGUACAUCGGACGGCCACACGUCUGGACUGUGAACAUAGAUGAUCCUGCAGAGGUGGAGAACGCCAUUAAAGCAAUUCUCAGUCAGAAGAUUGAGCCGUAUCUGCCGUAUGAGUUCACGUGUGAGGGGAUGUUACAGCGGGUCAACGCUUUCAUCGAGAACCAGGAUUUCUGUCACGGUCAGGUGAUGUGGCCUCCUCUGAGCGCUAUGCAGGUGAAGUUCGCUCCGGCAGGGAAAUCCUGCAAACAGGUGUGUCAGGAAGAGCAGCUGAUCUGUGAACCCUCCUUCUUCCAGCAUCUCAAUAAAGACAAGGAUCUGGCCAGGUAUGGUGUGGUGUGUAAGACGGUGGAGUCCGCCAGCGAUAUCGUGGUCCCCGCCUUCAGCGAAUCAGCGCAGCAUUGCGUGUUCCAGUCCGACUUGCUGCUCUUCAGCUGCGCGGGGGCUCAUCAGUCCCUCACACGCAUCUGUCCCUGCAGAGACUACAUGAAGGGCCAGGUGGCGCUGUGCAAGGACUGCUUAUAACACACGCACACCAGACGCGGUGUUCGAAACCCGCCGUACUGGACAGGAUCGGACUGUUACAUUGUGCAUUGCGGACAGUGCCAGUGUUUUAAUGCGCGGUGAUGCAAUUAAAGAAUUCAGAGUAAUUUAACUCUUGUUUUAUUCCCAUACACACACAAACAGGCAUCUCGAACGGAAACGCUGGAGCGCGGCAGCUCUCGGCUAAGAGAAAUCAAUCUCGCCGAAAUAACGACGGAUGGAGAGAGGAGAAAACCAUUUAUUUUGCUGGAUUUAUUUUUUGCGUGAACUUAAACAAGUUUCUGCCUGGCAUACUUGAAGCGGAGUGCAGGGAAUCAGAACCUUACACUGCCACCUGCAGGCAUGGAGGAAACACUGUACUGACAUUUAUUUCCCCAGUUCAUCGUUCUGCUGUUUUGCUUUUUCGUUCUGUUUUUCUUCUCUCUCUGAAGAACGACUUUUAUCAUUGGACCAAGUUUCCAAGUCGGACGGUCUGACUCUUUGACAAACUUCACCCUUUUGAAGAGUGAAAACUUGCAGUGCGUUUGUGCGUGUGUUUGUGUGUGAGAAUGCAAUUGUAGUUUUAAAGUCAUAGGGAAGCAGACUUCGUGAAGAAACCUCCUGAGUUUAACACUGUAACGGACGUUCCACUUAUUGGCUAUAACAGUUAUGUAAAUAACAGAUACCGCUUUAUUCUGCAUGGUAGUUUAUUUCCUGUGACGCAAACGGCAACUUGUAACAGCACAUGCUAACACUGGGAGUUUUCAGUGUUGGUCACUAUUCACGGUAAAUAUCGCAGUACUGCACCGGAGAACUGCCAGGUUAGAUGUUUUGGUGAAUUACGCACAUCGCAAACCAGCCAGUAUAAAUUAGAACACACACCAGUUGACCAAACUAACAGCUGAACAAGCUAGUAGAUUGAGUUCCACUAAAUUGGGUCACUUUUUGCUAUCGAGUUGCCAAAAAGAGGCUCAGUUUACCCGAAUAUAUGUGGAUAAAGUAAAUACCCAAUAGGAUCGCAGAAAUUUUGUGUAAAAUUUUAUCUUUAUUUGUAUAAAAAAGAUAUCUGUAUAAAAGCAAAGUGUACAUUACAAGUAUAGAAUACUUUUUCUUUUCUUUUCUUUGAUUUUAUUUUUAUUUUAUGUUUAAAAACAGAUUGGCCGCCUUGGUUUUUAUUUUAAAAUGCCUAUAUUCUUGAAUUUGCCUGCCUAUUAUAAGGACAACAAAUGUAUUAGUUGUGUUUUGGAAUGAAAAUGCACUAUAGCGAAGGUUUGACACCAGAUAUUACAACACACUGUACAAUUGUUUUAAAGUUUGUUUUUUAAUUUAUUUUGUAUACAGAUCUUUAUCUCUGCCUGUUGAUUUUUAUGUGACUAUUUAUAGAAAACAAAAUUCUUUAUAGAGGGAAAUUUUAUUUAUCAGACUAAUUUAAAUGUAAGCGCAUAUGCUUGUCCAGAGUACAAAAGAGUACAUUUCGAUUUGUUUUUGAAAACUAUAAAACGUAAAGUUUAGCUGUAAAAUUUUACUUAACAUCAUAUAAAUAUAGUACAGCAAAGCAUAUCAUAAUUCCCUUUAUUGUAGAUACUCUGGACAAGCACUGCGAACACAGUUUAAUUGCAAAAGCCAGCAAAAACCUCAUUUGAUGUUUUUAUCCAGUGUAUGAUUUCUGUAAACAUUUGCACAUUUGUAAAUAUAGAUGGUUCUCUUCUAGUUUUCCACUCUUAACUUAUACGAUAGUUUUACGUUUGCGUUUCCGCUCUUUGUCGAGAUCUGUACGUUUGUACGUGAAAAUGAUGGUCUUCAGCCAAGCUAUUGUUUCCUCUCGUUACAUGAUGUGCCUUCUGAUGGUUACUAGAACUGUCUGGUUUGUUUUCCUUUACGAAAUAAAAAGCGUUGAAGGCGGAACGCUAGCUAGCUAAAAGCCGAAAUAGUAGUCGAAUAGCUGAAGUAGAGUCGGCAUUUAGCAUGAGAUAGUUUUGCCAAACGUUUCGUGGUUGUUGACACGCAAAAUCACACAAUUAAACAAAUGUAUUUAGCUGACUGAAGUCGUUACACUUGGUUUACAGUAUGAAGGACCGUAUGCCACCGUUUUAAGAGUGUUUGUGUUCGUACGGAUUAGCUGUAGCUGUGGUCUUCAUAUUAAUGACGGUCUCAAAUGAUUACUUUAAUGAAAAUCGUGGCCAGUAAUUCCAUUUAUAUUGGAAAAAUUGGAAUGAAACACAAAUUAUUUUUUUUUUUUUACAACUGUUCUGGUUUACUUUGCUGUUAAUAAUGGUCGCUUUUAUUUUGUUUUAAACUGAAAUGCAUUCACACAUCAGACUGAUUUGUAAAUUGAUUUGUUUUGGGGGGUGAUUUUACAUAGGUUAUGGAAGAUUUUAAGACAUUCAAAAAAUAAAUAAACUGACAUAAUUUGUUUUUCAUUGAGGAAUCAGUAGGAUAUAUCUUUAUUUUUCAAAUAAAGUUUUUUUCUGUGACAACA